AUGAGUCACUCCAGUAAGCUUUUAAGAUAUGUGGAUAUUGGAAUCAACCUCAGUGACCCCGUUUUCCGGGGAGAAUAUCAUGGGAGACAAGUUCACGAUAGUGAUAUGGAUGACAUUAUCCAGCGUGCGCGCGAUGUAGGAUGCGAGAAAUUUAUGGUCACCGGCUCUGAUCUGGAAGAGUCUCGUCGUGUCAUGGAAUUAUCUCGCAACUAUUCUGGCUUCUGCUAUGGAACUGUCGGUGUGCAUCCUUGCCAGGCAAAGGCCUUUGAUGAAUACCCCGGUGGCCCUUCGAGGAUGCUUGAGGAGCUCAAGGCCCUGGCUCUGGAGUCGAAGCAAUGCGGACACGCUGUAGCCUUUGGCGAGAUUGGCUUGGACUACGAUCGACUAUUCCUUAGUGCCAAAGAACCACAGCUCAAGUAUUUUGAAGCUCAACUAGACCUUGCAGUCGACAUUCAGCUUCCGCUUUUCCUGCACUCCCGUGCUGCCAGUGAAGACUUUGAGCAGCUGAUCGCUCCAAGGUUGGCGAAGCUCCCGAAAAGAGGAUUGGUACACAGCUUCACCGGAACCUUGGAAGAAAUGCAACGAAUGGUGGACUUGGGUCUCGAUAUUGGUGUCAACGGCUGUAGUCUGAAGACGGAGGAGAACCUUGAAGUGGCGAAGGCCAUUCCUUUGGAUAGAAUUCAGAUCGAAACGGAUGGUCCCUGGUGCGAAAUCCGUCCGUCCCAUGCGUCAUCCAAGCACUUGGCGGGUGCACCACCGUUGCCCAAGGCGGUUAAGAAGGAGAAAUGGCAAAAGGGAUUGAUGGUCAAAGGCCGAAACGAACCAGUCUCUAUCGUUCAAGUCGCACAUGUCAUCGCUAGUGUCAAGGAGAUAUCUGUGGAGGAAGUUUGUGAAGCCGCUUGGAGGAACUCGAUAAAGAUGUUUGGGCUUGGAGAAGAAGCUUCAUAA